CAGCCUCCAGCCUGUUGAGGCAGAAACGGCCGUCGGUUUCAGAGUGAGUUUAUCAGUGUGUGUGUGUGUGUUUGAGUGGAGGAAGUGGGCCGCCCGUCACACGCAUCUGACAGCAGACACACAGUUUACCGUUAGAACACGGCUUUCCCUUUGUUUGGUUGUUUUUUUGGUUGUUUUGUGUGUAGUUGUCUCCGGAAACUGUAGCGAUGCGUGCGGCAGAAUGAGAGCCGAAGAUGAGGCGCUGCAGUCGGCGUUGAGCUGCGUCUCUACCCGGUGUCUCCGGUUGUCUCUGGUCGUCUCCUGGGAGGACUGAAGCGGGUCAUCGGAGCAGCCAGGGUGCAUGAUGGGAUCUUUCCGGCGCCCCAGGCCUCGGUUUAUGAGUUCUCCGGUUCUGUCGGACCUGGCCCGGUUCCACGCCAGCUCGACGUCGCUGCAGCUGUCCAACGCCAGCGUGUGGAACAGCGUCCAAUCAGCUGUGAUCAAAGUGUUCCAGGGCGGAGCGCUGCAGACCAACGAGCUGUUCACGCUUAACGAGAGCAUAAGGUGGCUCCUUAAAACUGAGAUGGGCUCCUUCAUCACCGACUACUUGCAGAACCAGCUGCUGACUCCAGGUCUGUCUGAAGUCCUGGACCAGGUCCUCCUCCACUCAGGUGAGUCUGCCCUCAGAUCAGGUACCGUAAACCCUAUAAUGUUGGGUAACAGUACCCCUCUCUCUCUCUCUCUCUGUCAGGGUACCCACGAGUCGGGUCUUCCCAGUCUGGAGUACUACCAGCUGGAGCGCCUGGUGGCCAUCGUCGUGUCUCCGUAUCUCAGCAACGUUCUGCACAACAGAAACCCAACCCAGCUGCUGGAGCCUCGCCACCUGUGCUCGUCUCCGAAGGUCACCGUGACGCAGCACCACACCUGGUCGGACUCGGCGUCCCUGGCGCCGCUGGUGGAGCAGGAGGGCGAGGCCUACCUGGAGAAGUCUGGCGGCGUGCGGCGCCACACGGUGGCCAGCGCGCCCUCGGACGUCCGGCUGCUGUCUGCGGCGGGCAGGAUGCAUGCUGGGAAGGGGAGGGAGAUGGACAACGGCGUGGGGGGAGGGGGAGGGGUGGAGUUUAUGGUCGGGGGCGGGACGAUGAGUCCCAGGACGUUCUCCAGCCAACCGGACGUAGCCGAGGCUCCGAGGGGAAGAGUCAUCAGCCUUCCUCGCAGCUGAUUGGAUUAAAAAGGAGACGAGACAGUAGGAGAGGAAACAAGACAGUAGGAGAGGAAACGAGACACGAGGAGAGGAAACGAGACAUUAGGAGAGGAAACGAGUCAGGAGGAGAGGAAACGAGUCAGUAGGAGAGGAAACGAGUCAGUAGGAGAGGAAACGAGUCAGUAGGAGAGGAAACGAGACACGAGGAGAGGAAACGAGACAUUAGAAGAGGAAACGAGACACGAGGAGAGGAAACGAGACAUUAGGAGAGGAAACGAGACAGGAGGAGAGGAAACGAGUCAGGAGGAGAGGAAACGAGUCAGUAGGAGAGGAAACGAGUCAGCAGGAGAGGAAACGAGACACGAGGAGAGGAAACGAGACAUUAGGAGAGGAAACGAGACACGAGGAGAGGAAACGAGACAUUAGGAGAGGAAACGAGACAGGAGGAGAGGAAACGAGUCAGUAGGAGAGGAAACGAGUCAGUAGGAGAGAAAAAGAGUCAGUAGGAGAGGAAACAAGUCAGUAGGAGAGGAAACGAGACAGUAGGAGAGGAAACGAGACACGAGGAGAGGAAACGAGACACGAGGAGAGGAAACGAGACAUGAGGAGAGGAAAUGAGACAGUAGGAGAAGAAACGAGACAGUAGGAGAAGAAACGAGACAGUAGGAGAGGAAACGAGACAGUAGGAGAGGAAACGAGACACGAGGAGAGGAAAUGAGACAGUAGGAGAAGAAACGAGACAGUAGGAGAGGAAACGAGACAGUAGGAGAGGAAACGAGACACGAGGAGAGGAAACGAGUCAGGAGGAGAGGAAACGAGACAUUAGUAGAAGAAACGAGACAGGAGGAGAGGAAACAAGACAGGAGGAGAGGAAACGAGUCAGUAGGAGAGGAAACGAGUCAGUAGGAGAAGAAACGAGACACGAGGCCUCUGAGUCCCUGAUCCAGGAUCAGGAUAAAUAUGUUUUAGGAUUGUUAAAGAUGAAUAAAGAUGAAUUCAUACA